GAGAGGAGAGGAGAGGAGAGGAGGAGAGUCGCUGCAGCAGCUUCAGUACCAGCCAGUGCUUCUCCCGGAUUCACUCCUCGGAGGAGGCUGCUCCAGCCUUUCGUCUCGGGGGGGGGGAGAACGAACAAAACAAAACAAAAAAAAGCUAGGAGGAAUCUUGCUGUUCAUUUUUCUUCUUUCGACCGGCCAAGCGGGAUUGUGGUGAUUGUUUUUGAGAGGAUUUAACGCGAGCAAAAAAAAAAAAAAUGUACCCACGACGGGAGGGCAGCGACGGGCUGCUUCUACUGGCGCUCCUGGCAGGACUGCAGAUUGCGGCAGAAUGCGGGGUCGUCCGACCAUGCAGGCCCGGCUUCUCUGAAGACGUAUACGAGGUCGGCCUGCCAGAUAUAAACGAGAGGGGAGAACCCCUUUUCACUGUGAGUUUUGUCGACUGCGGCCGAGGGGGCCUGGUGCGCUUCGAAUGCAACAACCCGGAGGACUUCCGGAUAGAAGCUGAUGGGGUGGUCUAUGCUGCCAGGGACCUGGAACUCUCUGGAUUGCAAACAUCCUCGCUGCUGAUCAAGGCCAUUGACGACACUACUCAGCAGCAAUGGAUAACCCUUGUCCGAUUGACACUUUCCAACCAGCAGGUCAUGGAACCCGCCUCUGAUCUCGCCACGUCCAAGGGUUUGAAGGAAAUAGCGUUUCCGUCACGAAACUUGGACAGCCAGCUGAAACGGAUGAAGAGAGACUGGGUCAUUCCCCCAAUCAAUGUCCCAGAAAAUUCGCGAGGUCCAUUUCCACAGGAGCUUGUUCGGAUCCGCUCGGACCACGACAAGAACCGAUCUCUGAGAUACAGCGUGACAGGCCCCGGCGCUGACCAACCUCCCACUGGAAUCUUCCUCAUCGACCCGAUCUCUGGAGAACUCUCGGUUAACAAGCCGCUGGAUCGAGAGCACAUUUCCAACUUCCAUCUGAGAGCUCACGCAGUGGACCUGAACGGCAACCAAGUAGAAAACCCCAUCGACAUUGUGAUCAACGUGAUCGACUUGAACGACAACAGGCCCGAAUUCAACCACCCCAUCUGGAACGGUACCGUCCCCGAGGGCUCCAAGCCAGGCACAUUUGUCAUGACGGUAACAGCGGUUGACAAAGACGAUCCCAGAACUGCUAAUGGGAUGAUCCGCUACAAGAUCUUGUCUCAGAACCCUGACAGUCCCACCUCCAACAUGUUCACCAUCAAUAAUAAAACUGGUGGCAUCAUUACCGUGGCAGCGGGCUUGGACAGAGAGAAAGUGCCUCAGUACACGCUGAUCAUCCAGGCAACCGACACCGAGGGCAACCCGAUGUACGGCCUCUCCAACACGGCCACCGCCGUUAUUAGAGUUACUGACAUCAAUGACAACCCGCCAGAGUUCACAGCUGAGACGUUUUUCGGCGAGGUGCACGAAAACCGUGUGAACGUGAUCGUGGCCAAUCUGACGGUGACAGACAAGGACCAACCCAACACUCAGGCCUGGAACGCCGUCUACAAAAUCAUUGGGGGUGACCCCACCGGCAGGUUCUCCGUGCCCACUGAUCCCACCAAUAACGAGGGCCUGGUAACGGUUGUCAAGCCUAUUGACUAUGAAAUGAGCAGGGCGUACGUACUGACGGUGGAAGCGAGGAACGAGGUGCCCCUCGCCAGAGGCAUCCACUCCCCCCGGCAGUCCACGGCGACCGUUUCCAUACGAGUGCUGGACGUCAACGAGAGCCCCUACUUCGAUCCCAACCCCAAGCUCAUUAAACUGGAAGAGGGAAUGUCACCCGAGUACAUGCUGACCACCUUCACGGCGCAGGACCCUGAUCGCUACAUGCAGCAAAGUAUCCGCUACACCAAACUGUCCGAUCCGGCCAACUGGCUGAGAAUUGAUCCCAACAAUGGGAGAAUCACAACAAUUGCCGUUAUGGACAGAGAAUCCCCAUAUGUAAAGAACAGCUUGUACAAUGCCACUUUCCUGGCCACUGACAACGGCAACCCUUCAGCAAGUGGCACAGGCACUCUGCAGAUCUACCUGCUGGACAUCAACGACAACGCCCCGACGGUGUUCCCCCAGGAAGUAGAAAUAUGUGAGAAGCCCGAGCCCAACGCCAUCAACAUCACAGCGAUCGAUGGCGACUCGAUGCCCAACGCCGGGCCCUUUGCCUUUGAGUUGCCAAGCAUGCCUGUCGAUAUCGAGAGGAACUGGACAAUCACCAGGAUCAGUGGCGACUACGCUCAGCUGCGCCUCAAGAUCGGUUUCAUCGAGAGCGGCAUUUACGACCUGCCCAUCAUCAUCACGGACUCUGGAAACCUGCCCCAGAUCAACACCUCCAACCUGAGGGUCAAAGUGUGCCAGUGCGACAUCAACGGCGACUGCACUGACCAGCAGCACAUCAUGGCCGCCGGCCUUGGCACGGGCGCCAUCAUCUCCAUCCUGCUGUGCAUCAUCAUCCUCCUCAUUCUGGUGCUGCUUUUCGUGGUUUGGAUGAAGCGCCGCGACAAAGAACGCCAGGCUAAGCAGCUUCUCAUCGAUCCCGAGGAUGACGUGCGAGACAACAUUCUCAAGUAUGAUGAGGAAGGCGGCGGCGAAGAGGAUCAGGAUUACGAUCUGAGUCAGCUCCAGCAGCCGGACACGCUGGAACCCGAGGCCAUCAAGCCCGUUGGGAUCAGACGCCUCGAUGAGAGACCCCUCCACCCCGAGCCACAGUACCCCAUGAGAUCUGCCGCCCCCCACCCCGGAGACAUUGGUGACUUCAUCAAUGAGGGUCUGAAGGCCGCAGACAACGACCCCACCGCGCCCCCCUACGACUCGCUGCUGGUGUUCGACUACGAGGGCAGCGGCUCCACCGCCGGCUCCCUGAGCUCGCUCAACUCGUCCAGCAGCGGAGGCGACCAGGACUACGAUUACCUCAACGACUGGGGGCCUCGCUUCAAAAAAUUGGCGGACAUGUACGGCGGAAGCGAUGACUAAGACACGAGCAUACAAGAAGAAGAAGAAGACGACGAAAUGAAGGAGAUUCCUUGUGGAUGGACAUUAGACGUGACGGAACUGUGAGAGAGAAAAAAAAAAAAAAAAAAGGAUGCAGAGAUUUUUUUUUUUUUUUUUUCCCCCACACACACACAAAAAAAACAAAAAACAAACACAAAAAAAAAAUCCAAGCAACCAACUCGGCUUAUUGUUGUAGUCUCCGCGUACAUAAUGCUUGUCGACGGCACCGGUGGACGCUCGCUCCGCUCACACCAUUCAAGACCGUUGCGGGAAUUGAAUGCGCUCAGUUACACUUGAACUUCACAGUACAGAAGCACUGGGAUAUAAUGUGCCUUUUUGUACAUUUCUUUUGGAUGGAAAUGAUUAGUUUUAUGUUCAAGGCUUUAAUGGUACUGACUUUUAUUUUUAUUUUAUUUUUUGGGAGGGCGGGGGUGGGAGGGGGGGGGGUGAUUUCAAAGCCAAGUAUGUGACAUUCUGGUCAGCUUCGGUCACCCGUUUCUUCUUUUCUCUCUUUCUUUCCAUUUGUUUGUGAAAGUUUAUUUAAUGAAGAAUCACGGAAAGAACAAGGAAGAGCAGAACUGUUCAGCUGGUCGCACCUAAAGGGAGUUACGAAUCACACUUUUGUAGCAAAUUAUUUUAUUUUCUUUCAUUAUUUUUUUCCUGGAGUGAUGUAGUACAGUAUUUGACAAAAAAAAAAAAAAAAAAAGAAAAAAAAAUGGUCUGAUCAAUGUUCACUUCAUUUGCCUUAGUCAGCAUUGGAUAUUUUGGACUUUUACUUCACUGUAAAAAGAUGUGUGUACAUAAUGUUUUGUUUUCUUUUUAUCUUUUCUUUGGGUGUAGUAUAUGAACAAGUGCAAAAAGUUCCAAAACCUGUAAAUGUUUCAUUUGGACAUCCAAAAUCAAACAUUUUUUGCAUGUUUUUAUCUUUUCAUGACGACAAAACGCAAGGAGGAAAGCUGUUCCCCAAAUUUAUUUACGAGAUGGCGGGGGUGGGGGGGGAGAAAUAAUAAUUGGGUGACAGUCUCUGGAAGAAGUUGGGAGAUUUUGUACAACAUAAUUUGAAAGGACAAAAAAAAAAAGAAAAUUGAAAACUUGUCGUCUCGUCAGCACAACUGUUGAAUUUGUACCCCAAAAAAAAAAAAAAAAAAGUGUGGGUGAGGGGGUGUGACAUGCAAGGCACUGAUUAUUAAAGCUGAGCUUUAAUAGUGGAAAACAUUUUGGACUUGAGCUGUGUGAAAAAGCAUUUUGUUCUGCUCAACUAAUUAUCUCUCUUACCCAAACUAUUCAAAUAAAAGUCCAGUUUUGGAGCUAA